GUCAUUGGUAGCUGAAUGAUGGGGGAAGUGCGGCUCCUCGGGAACUUAGUUACCUUCUUUUUCUGAAACUGUUCAGCCGAAGUCCAGAAAAUAAAGUAAGUGUUGUUUUUAAAGUAUUGAAAGUAGCUGCUGGCGGAGAAAAGUUGACUUCUCUCCGGUGUUUGAAGGAGUCGUGUCGUUCCGUCAUGGAGUUUGGUGAAGAGUCGUCGCCCGCUCUGGCUUUCGAGAAGGACGCGUUCGAGCUCACUGUCGAGGAUGUGUACGACAUUUCCUACGUGAUCGGACGAGAUUUGUUAAAAAUCAGCAGCAGCGGUGAAGAGGUGUCGGAUUUACAGUUCAGGAUAGUCCGCGUUCUGGAAAUGUUUGAGACUUUGGUCAACAAGUACAACUUGUCUCUGGAGGAGCUGAAAAUGGAGCGGGACAACUUGAAGAGUGAACUGGACCGGAUCAUCCAGGAGGGCUCGUCCGGGCAGGGCACGCAAAAAGCGGGACCGAACCAGCUGGUGGUGGAUCUGACGGACCCCAACAGACCGCGGUUCACCAUGCAGGAGCUGAAGGAGGUUCUGCAGGAGAGGAACCAGCUCAAGGCCCAGCUCAUGGUGGCUCAGGAGGAGCUGCAGCUCUACAAGAGUGGGAUUCUGCCACAAGCUGAACCAGCCAUGGUGGAAGUGGAUCUGGAGACCCCAGCAGCUACAGAGCCCAGUCCAGCUAAGAUAAAUGACACAAAAGAAGAGAAGACCACCAUAGGCAAACUGUUUUCAUUCAGGCGAAAAUGAGAAAAAAAACAUCUCAAGAACUGACCAUAUAGAAGACAAACAGGAUUUGUCGGCACAAUUUAACCACUUUUAUACUUUUUUUUGUUUUCUUUUGUUUUCUUUUUUUUAAGAAAGUUAUUUUUAUCAAUCUAACAAGCACUAUGUUUUGUACUGGUAAUUGUAACCUGCAAUGCUUUCUAGUCAUGUAGAGUUGCUGUAGAAGAAAAUCUAUGAAAAGAAAAUAUUGCAAGGAAACUGGAAAGUAUUAUCUAACUAGUGUUGAACAUGUUGAAUGUUUUCACUCAAAAUAUAAUUAUUUAUAGUCUUAAAAAUAUUUUUAUGAACCAAAAAUGAAGUUUCCACGUGGGUCCAAGUUAUGUAAAACACAUUUUCUAUCACUCAGAUCUGUCAAAUAUAGAAAAGAGGGCGUUGUGCCCCCCUAAAAUCUAAGAAUAAAUAUGCGAUUAUAUUUUUUCUGGCUUAGAAUAUUUAAAAAACGUCUGAUAUUUGACAUUGUUGUAUGUUCUGAUCUCAUGUCGGUGGAAAGAAAACACAACUAAUACCAGCUAACACAUCACAAUCCACCUCAUCGUUUUACAUCACACAUGACAGACGGAAUAAUGAGGAUUUAGGGAACUUAAAGUGACCAAACUGGUAGAUAAAGACGGUAUUUUUUAAAAAUGGGAAUGACUUAUGUUUGGGGUUUUUUUUGCCUUGUAGAGGGACACUGAUUGAGGCAACAGUAUUGAAUAACACGAACAGUUUAUACAUGCAUGCCUCAGCUGCAGUUCUUAAGCCCAUGGACACUAUUUAUCACUCAGCAUUCAAAUUUAUUACCUAUAUGAAUUCUCGUCAUCAUGAGCUGUAUGCUGAGGUUGGGUGGUCCUCGCUCUCUGUAAGGUGUAAUAAACUCUGGCUUCUACUGAUUUGUAAGGCCUGUAAUGGUU